AUGUCUGCCAUAGUGUUGUUUGUGUUUGUUUUAUGCUUCACUCAUAAAUCUGUUUCUACAUUUAAAGCCGCGUUAGAUCUCAACGCAGAGGGUGAAGAAGAAAACCCAGAUAAUCAUGGGGAUGGCUCUGGAGAUGGCAGGCGCUUGAGUUCCUUGGAUGUAGUCUCCACACCAAGCAGUGACUCAGUUAAUAAUCAGGAAUCAGAGCCGACUACAGAGACAGAGAAAGAGAAAAAGACAAAUACAGACUCAGACGCAGAAAUAGAGACCCAGACACAACCAGACGCAGACGCAGACGCAGACGCUGAGGAUCUCAACCCAGUAAUCAUGAUCAUCAUUCCUCUGGUUCUCACACUCGUCAUCAUCGCUGUGAUCGUGUGUGUAGUCAUCAUCUACCGCAGGAGGAGAAUAAGAGCUGAAACUAAAGAAGAUCCUUAUCUGGAUCAUGAAGACCACGAAAAAGUGCCAAUGCCCAUGUUUGAUGAUGACAUCCCAUCAGUAAUGGAGCUGGAAAUGGAAGAUCUAGAAAACUGGAUGGCCAAAGAUGGAGGCAAGAAAGUGGACACUGGCCAAAUAUAAUGAAUAGAACUCAAGAAGCCGUAUCUCUCAACAGAUCCAGACACAGUGGACUAUUUUUAGGAAUUCGUAAUUCUGAAAACUUUGCCAGCAUUUUUAGAUUGUUUCUUAAUAACAUAACUUUAUAUUAAAAAGAUAUUUGUAUAAUAUUGCUUAAUCCUCUUGGAUGAAAAAAGGCAGAUCUGUCUGUUGCACUGAUCAGGAUCCAACAGUUCACUGGAAGCCAAUAUGGUCUUUUAUGUGCUUUUGAUAUUUAAGAUAUUCACCACAAUUAUAUGAUAAUCAAUGAUGUUUCUUUAUAAUUUAAUGAUUGUUCCUGUCUUUAUCUCAAUGUAAGGGCUGCCACAGAACUUCAGAUGCAUUAAGAUGCAUUUCAUUUAAAUUAUAGAGACAUUAACCUUUGUAAAUAUUAUUACAUUGGCUGUAUUAUAUUUUUUCUUUUAUUUGCAGUAUUGCAAGUUUGUGUUUACAAUUAAUAAUGGAAUUUAAAUCAUUUAAUAAUUUUUAGGAAUUCACCAAUGCAUUUCCUGUUAUGUACUGUAUGUCUUUUUACAUUAAAAGAGGAAUUAUUGU